AUGUCGGCGGUUUUAGAGGAAAUAUAUCAGAAAAAGGGGAAUUCGAGUAAGAGCGUAGCGAGAGAACAUGUCACACUUAGGCCUGCAAAUGAGUUUCACACGAAUGAUCAUUCAAAUAACUAUAUACAUACUGGAUCGCUUCCCCAAACCCACGUAAGAAACAUUGAGAAUACUGUUGAUGGAUAUCCGAAGUUGCAGAGGCUAUUUAGCCUGAAGGAAAGGCAGGUAAUGCAGUUUAAUACAAAACCAUUUGGUUGCAAGGUAGAGCUUGAUGAAAUAGUUCCCACAUUAAAUGAUUGGGUACAAAAAGAUGGUUUAACUUUCGAUGUUGUCAUGAUUGGUUGCUUGACUGAUAAUCAAUUUAUCUAUCCCCUUUUAACUCAGUUACCGAUACAUAAAUUGAUAUCAAAGCCAGGGUUUUUAUUUGUAUGGGGAAGUGCACAGAAGAUCAAUGAGCUUUCAAGACUUUUGAACAACGAAAUAUGGGCAAAAAAGUUUCGCAGAAGUGAGGAGUUGGUUUUCGUCCCUGUCAACAAGAAUUCACCAUUUUACCCCGGAUUAGAAGCAGACGACGAGUCACUUUUUGAAAAGAUGCAAUGGCAUUGUUGGAUGUGUAUCACAGGAACAGUAAGAAGAGCCACGGAUGGCCAUCUCAUACAUUGCAACAUUGAUACCGAUUUAGCAAUCGAAUCAAAAAAUAGUAAAGUUGGGGCAAUUCCGAAUCAAUUGUACAAGGUAGCAGAGAAUUUUAGCACCGCUACAAGGAGACUUCAUAUCGUUCCCGCCAGAACAGGAAGUGAAACACCAAUCCGGAUGAGACCUGGUUGGGUUAUCAUGGGUCCAGAUGUACUGCUAGACAACUUCAACGCUAUGGAAUAUAAAAAUGAGGUUGGAAGAGUUGGAUCGAACCUGCCAAAAGAUCCCUCCAUAGAGUCAUUAAGACCAAAAUCUCCAAUAUCUAUUAAAAAUUGA